AUGCGGCCAUUAUCUGCUUAUGCCCUGCGGCCGUACGUCUGUCCUUCGUGCCGAUCUGCGCGUAUCCUGAAUCGGCGGAGAUUCGGCUCGGAACAUGCGCCGGUAACGGAUAUAUACGAUGUAGUCUGUGUUGGAGGUGGUCCUGCCGGUCUGGCACUGCUGGCUGCUCUCCGCGCAUCCCCAGCAACGUCGAAGUUAAAGGUCGCCCUCGUGGAAUCGCAGGACCUAGACAAAGCCCGCUCGUGGAAGCUCGAUCCGCACCAGUUUUCCAACCGCGUCAGCAGCCUCACGCCCUCGUCCGUGUCAUUUCUGCAGAAGAUCGGUGCUUGGGAUCACUUGGAUGUCUCACGGACGCAGCCCUACCAGGCUAUGGAAGUGUGGGAUGGAGAGACCGGGUCCAAGAUUUCGUUCGACUGGUCCAUGGAAACCUCGCCGUUUGAGGACCUCCGCACCGUCGCGACGAUGACGGAGAACGCUAACCUCGUGCACGCGCUGCUCUCGCGGAUCGCUGCGUCUGGGGAUGAAAAUCUUUCCAUGUUCUCUCGAUCAACAGUCUCCUCGAUUGAAAACGGCGCGGCGAAUGGGCCCAAUGGCGCGGAUCUCUCGGCGUGGCCGGUUCUUUCCAUCGCACCGGCUGGGUCUGAGAGCUCGAAUGCGCCAGCUUCCCGAAUCGCCGCUCGACUCCUAGUCGGAGCGGACGGCAUUAACAGCCCUGUCCGCCGGUACGCCGACAUCACCACAGACGGCUGGGACUACCAGCGCCACGGCAUUGUCGCAACCCUCUCCCUCGCCGACCAUAUCCCUCCUCCGUUCCCCAUCGGCACGCGGACAGCAUACCAGCGCUUCCUGCCUGCCCUCGGUGGCCCAAUCGCCCUUCUCCCGCUCCCAAACAACAACGCUACCCUUGUCUGGUCCACGACGGUCGAAAACGCAGCUUACCUCAAGUCCCUAUCGCCGGGAGCCUUCAUUGCCAUGGUCAACGCCGCCUUCCGCCUGGGCAUGCCAGAUUUACAGUACAUGAUGCGCAUGGAGCGCCCCUCGUCCUCGUCGGUCACGAACCUCGACGAAGACCUGCACGAGAGCGAACUCACUUGGCGCCUACAGCACACUCCAUCCCCCUCUCAUCUCCCUCCAAUGGUCACAGGCGUGCAAGAAGGCAGCGUCGCCUCAUUCCCGCUACGUUUCCGCCAUGCGUCAACGUACAUCUCACCGCGCGUAGCCCUAGUCGGCGACGCUGCGCACGUCAUCCACCCUCUUGCCGGCCAGGGCCUAAACCUCGGCCUGGGCGAUGUGGCCUCCCUCUCCAGAACAAUCGAGUACGCUGUGACGCAUGGGAUGGACAUAGGCGAUAUCCUCACGCUCGAGAGAUAUACGGCUGAGCGGUACGCCACGAACGCAAAGAUCGGUGGCACCUGCGAUGUCCUGCACAAGCUUUAUAACGUGCCCGGCCAGGGGCCUGUUGCGUGGGGGCGGAGUCUGGGAUUUGAGAUCAUUGACCGAGUACCCUUUCUGAAGGGGUUUCUGAUGAGGAACGCGGAUUAAAGAGGGUGUGUGUUUUGCUUUUGUAGCCAGCCGUCUGUUGCGAUCUUUACUGUACUUUUAGGACAUUUAUGUAACCAUAUUUUUCUCCUAUCAUCAAGCAGUAUGUAUCUUACACCUCGCUGAUUGCUGUAGCAGAUUGGGGUGAUUCUCACUUGAGUACAGACGUCAAGUUCAAAUAGUCCGACU